AUGCCGAAAUACAGCCCUAUUGUCCAAGAGCUCCGCGACGAGCUGCUUUGGGAAGUAGAUGACCUCGAGCAGGCGGUCAAAAAUGCUCGUAAAUGGGAUAUCCCCGAGCUGGACAAGUACGGCAUCAUCUCAGCAAGAGGAUUUCUUGACUUUGCCGACUGGCUUAUCCGAGGUUGGGUUCCUACCGAGUCAACCAAAGGCCGGGACAUCUACUACAUCCUUUGUGUUUUCUACUUUGUCCUUUCCCAGGAGCCAUUGGGCGGUCGCCAGACAAAAAUCCACCCGCUAAGUAUCAAUAAGCCGCUGAAACCCCUGUCAGACUGGGUGGUUCGAUUCGCCAAGGAAAUCGGCACUAGUAUGGACAAGCCUUCAUCCAUCAACGAGGCUGCAAUAACGACCUUUCGGAACUCUCCUCUCUUCCGUGUCUUCGAAUCUGAGGGUGACUCCAAAAACUGGACUUCGUUCAAUAAGUUCUUUUAUCGAAAUCUUGACAGCCCACGUGAAGUAGAAAGUCCAGCUGACGAUCAUAUUGUGACCUUCCCUGCUGAUUCCACUUUCGCUGGCGCAUAUGCCAUCAGCGAUGAUUCUGAAGUGGUCUUGAAAAAGAAGGAGCACAGGAUUGUAAAGGACGAGGUUAUUCUGAAGAAUGUCCCAUGGAGAGUAAGAGAUCUUCUGGGUGAAUAUGGAGACCAGAAAGUUCCUGGGGAUGACUCUCAAACCUACGGAGAACUUUUCAAAGAUGGACUUUGGACUCAUGUCUUCUUGAAUUCAUUCGACUACCAUCGCCAGCAUGCACCAGUCUCGGGGACUGUGGAAGUAAUCGACGUCAUCCAAGGAGCGGCCUACCUCGAGGUGCUGGUGAAGACCGAUGAGCAGGUUGGCCACAACUAUUUAGAGCUCUCCCGCAACAUCGGGGAAAAACCGAAAGAUCCUUCUGGCUUCCACACACUUGAUGCUCCGGACACUCCAGGCUAUCAGUUCCUUCAGACACGAGGAGUGGUAAUUAUUAACAAUGAAAACUUGGGCAGAGUUGUUGUCCUGCCCAUUGGCAUGGCCAUGGUUUCUUCUGUUAACGUAAAGUCGGAACUUAAGGGUCAGAAGAUCAAAAAGGGGGAUGAAAUCUCGCACUUUGCAUUCGGCGGCUCAGACUGCAUCAUUAUGUUCGAGCAAAAGGCAAGAGCCUCGGGCUUCCCGGACUCUGACCCGGCUUCUCGUGAGCAUUUCUUCUACGGUGAAAAGUUGUGCAGGGCCUAUUACAAGGAAAUCAAAGAACCGAAGGGCUUCGGGUCCCGAUUUGGAUUGGCUUCCAGAUAA